AUGGUUGGCCGUGCAUCUAUCACCAUCCCCGUCGCUCAAGAGAUCUUCCGAUUCUCUCAGACCAACAAGGCCGAGGCAGGCCCCUUGGACAAGUGGGCCCCGACCCAAUCAAGCAAUGCGCUCGCAGCUCAGUACGGGAUAACAGCCAAGGCAGUGAGGGACAUCUGGAACAAGCGGACGUGGGUGCAUGCGACGCACACGCUAUGGACGGAGGAGGAGAAAAAUGAACACAAGGUCGGAGAAAACGCAAAAAUUCUCAGACUGAAGAUGCUGAAGAAGAAGAUGCAAACCAUGGCGAUGAGGCUCUCAGCGGCACAGAGCUCCGUACAUCGGACGAUCAAGGCAGCCAAGUGGAAGGGCGACAGGAAUCUGGAUCGAGCUGUUCAUUUAGGAGCGUUCCCCAAGGGGCUGGAAGGGAUCAUCGCCCUAGUGUUGGUGCAGCUACAGGCACGACGUUGUCAUGGGAAGGAGCAGCUUCACGGAAAUGUAUUGGGGAAUCAGGGGAAGAACAAUCUGAGUCUACAGCGCAGCAGGAGGAAUCGAGUCAGGGGCAAGAGACUCUGA